CCCACACUGCACAGGGGGGCUUUAGUGUCAGAGCAUGCUUGUAGUGACUUGCAUUAAGUCAUCCCCGUCACAAGGCUUGAUUUUGUCUGUGACAGCUUGUGUACUUUGCACAUUUAUGCAAACACAAUGACAGGAAAUAUUGGCUGCUAUUUUUAUUUAUUUAUUAAAACUUCUGGAUUAUAAUUUUUUGUCUUUCUUUUUUUUUUGUUAGAAUGGAGCUGGCCAGAGCAAAGAAAUGAACAAUUAUGCAGAUAGGGUACCUAAUCAGGUAUCAUACACAGUAAGAUGCCUCUUCAACAGAUCUCUGUAGUCCCAGCCAGAGAAACGGCCAGCAAUGGGAGAAGUUCAAGCAAAAACAAAGAGAAAAACAAGGAUGUAGAGAAUGACAAAUCGCCAGGGCGCUCAGCAAGCCGAUCCAGUAACAUCUCCAAGGCAAGCAGUCCUACAACAGGAACAGCUCCUAGAAGUCAAUCACGUACAUCUGUUUCCCCUUCUACUCAGGAUAUCUGCAGACCUGACACUCUUCCUGAGGUUCAAGACGAUGAGUGUGAGCAGUACACCCCUGUUAUGGUGCUGACAAAUACAAGUAGGGAUACUGGUAAGAAACGGGUCAAGCAAAGGCUUAGGAGGAACAAGGAGACCUGUCAGAACUGUGAGUUCAUCAAGGCCCAAAAGGAAUGCAGCGAGAAGGUCUCCAAGUCACGUAGAGAAUACCACCGACAAAGAGGGAAAGGGUUCCACCCUGAUUCUGACACAUCUUCAGAUGAGGACCAGUGGAGGCAAGCGAGAAGCUGGAGUAGGGAGAGAGCCAAAGCCCCAAAGAAAAUCAGAAGACGCAACCAGUUUAACAAACAGCAGGAAAGAUUUCAAGACCGCAAUGCUAUAGAGAUGGACUUGCUGGUUUCUGAAGAAGGUGAGAAGAAAGAGAACAAUUUAGCUCCGAAUUUGGAAAAGCAGACUAUGAAGAUCCAUAGGAGGAAAACUUCCAAGAAGAAGGAAACAAGCCACUCAACUUCUCCGUCUUCUCAGGAGGCCCAAGAGCCUGUAGAGCAGAAAGAAGGGAAUGUCAAGGGCAAAACUAAAAAAGUUAAGCAUCCAGACACAUCAUCUGUGCCCGAAGAAGAUGAAGUCAUCAAGAAAACCUAUGAGAAGACAGGUGGUGAAACCCUUGCCGUGCUUGAGAACAAGAAGCCUGUUUGCUCUAGCACCUUCCAGAAUGGUGAAGCCCAUCGUCCACUAGUAGAUGAGGAUUGGAAUGAUGAUUUAGAAGAAGCUUGCAGGAUCUGUCACUGCGAGGGAGACGAUGAGAGCCCCCUUAUCACACCGUGCCGCUGUACAGGGACCCUGCACUUUGUCCACCAGGCCUGUCUGCACCAGUGGAUCAAGAGCUCAGACACCCGCUGCUGUGAGCUUUGUAAAUACGACUUCAUAAUGGAGACAAAGCUCAAACCAUUAUGCAAGUGGGAGAAACUUCAGAUGACAACAAGUGAGAAAAGAAAGAUUCUGUGUUCAGUCACAUUCCACAUCAUUGCCAUUUCUUGCGUCGUCUGGUCCCUUUAUGUGCUGAUUGAUCGAACAGCUGAGGAGAUCAAGCAAGGGAAGGACAAUGGUAUCCUUGAGUGGCCAUUCUGGACCAAGCUGGUUGUUGUAGCCAUUGGAUUUACAGGAGGCCUUGUCUUUAUGUACGUUCAGUGCAAAGUCUAUGUUCAACUAUGGCGGAGGCUUAAAGCAUACAAUCGGGUCAUCUUUGUUCAGAACUGCCCGAACACUUCUAAAAACACUGAGGAAAAGAUCUUGUCCAUUAAUCAGAGCAACGGGAAUAAAGACUCUGUGGCAGUACCAGUGUCACAAACAGAAACAAACGCUCAGCGACCAGGUGGGGGUGCUGUACCUGAAGUUGCACCUGUCUGACAA